CAAAUAAUUGAUGUAAAAGGGCUAUCUACUUUUUCUGAGACAACAUAAUUGUGGAUUGAAUCUAGCUAGUAAUAGAGUGUGUAAUGUGUCAAUACUAGAGAACUAUAGUUUGUGACUGAAAUCCAAUCGGCACAACAUGGCAAAGUGUACCUUGUUUGUUGUCAUCGCUAUUCUGUUCACUGGGAGAUCGUUAUCACUGGAUACAUCAGAUCAUCCUGUGCAGAUAAUAAUUACGGAACCGCUGAUCUUAUCUCGCGGUGGACAAGCGGGCUUACACCAUUCAUUUAUUGUGGACCCAGUUGUGAGAAGUUUUAAUGAUUGCACCAUUCGCUAUGUAUAUAAGCCACAGCUCUCUUGUGGUGAAGUGGUUCCCAGUGUUUUCCCUUGUGUUUAUCAAGGAGUCAUUACCUACCAACAUUAUGGAUGCCUUCUAGACAAAGAACUGGUAACAUUUCAACUGUCUUGGUUGACACCAUUGAACUCGACUCAGGCAUCCAAUAUUCAGCAAGUGGUUGAUAUCCAUAUUUUUUCAAUUGAAUUGAUCAUAAAGAGUGUUGAAAGUCUUAGCAACAUUCAUUCGGUCCGACUCAAUGACAAUGAAAUACCCAUAAAUGGUUCAGUGCCAAUCACAUACCGGUUAACAUUUCCAAACAAUCUUAUCGGAAAAUGCCACUAUGAAGUUUUGAACCAGUUCCCACACAUCAGACUACCCAUGUACGGUAAACUGCUACAAAUGACGAACACUGCUCUACCGUGUGGAUUUGUGCACUCUAGGCUGCAUUAUGCACCAGGCGAUUAUGGUGAUGCAGCAUAUACGUUAAAUGACUUUGUUCACCUUCGGAUUUACUUAUACACUGAAUCUUCUAAGGUGGCUAUUUACUACACUGUUGUUCCCCUGAACAGACAUUUGUGGAACCUUGCUGGGGAGGAUGUCAAAGGAGCCAGUCGGAUUCCUGAAACACUCACAAUACAACAAGCUGCCAAUACACCAGUAACGCCUGACAACUUAAAUGUUGGCAUAGAUCCAAUCAAGUAUAUGGUUGAAGUUCAUCAAAAAAUUGGAUCAUUUCGCACACCACAAAGUACCGAAUUAAAAGCUUCGUACACUGAGUUCACAAAAGAAGAUCUAAUCAGAGGCUGUGUAAGUUUUUACCCUCACUAUGAUUCUUCGCAGUAUUCACCAGUGAAGUUUCGAUACUUAGCAGUUCUUGAUGCUGUUGGAGGUCUGAUAGUUGAAAAAGAAAUCAUUGUAACAUCUAGAACUGUGGUAUACUUGAAUAGGGCAGCUCAACGAACCAAUAACCCCCUAAAAGUUGUCAAAAGAGGUAUGGUCACACUUAACUCUCGAGCUAUUGAGUUCUAUCUACUUGGAGAUUGUAUCCUUCUAGCAACCAUGCAACUAGCUGUGCCUCCCCAGCAUGGGUACCUAGUCCAUCCUAAUGGCAGCAAACCUUCCCUAUCUGGUCCAUUUUCAAUUCAAGCAGUGAGUAAUGGCACAGCUUUAGCGUACAAGCAUUCUGGAGAUGAAGCUGGCUUCGAUCAAAUGGUGUGGGAUGUCAGUUGCUUGAGUGCCCCUGUGCUAAGAAUUUCUGUGACUGUUUUGGUAGCACAAAUGAACAUCAUACCACCUUUAUGCGUGAGAUCCACUCAGAUGUUUGUAUAUCAUGGGUGGUCUCAACCAUUAUCUGCUUCUAACUUCCAAGUUAUAGAUCCUUAUUCACUUGUCGGCGAUUCCGUAAUAGAAGUCUCUCGAGCCAAAGGAAAAGUAGUAAAAGCUACUCGUUCACUGGAAUUUAAUACAUUUAGUUGGUUAUUUCCAUUUGUCAGAUUGAAUCCAUCUGUGUAUACCGAAAUAGUCUCAUUUUCUUUGUCAGACGUUCAACAGCAACUGGUUUGGUAUAUACCGCCAAGUGAAAGUUUUCAUGAUACUGUCCAGUACAAGCUUACCGACUCAAAUGGGAACCAUGAGAAUUCUUUGACAAACAUAACUAUUCUCCAACAAUAUAUCAAUGAUACGAUAAUCAUUAGUACCACUGCUGAUUACCCAUCUGUUCACGCAAAGGCAUUGAACAUGACAAUAACCAGUACCCAACCUGUGUAUAUCACUCCACACUACUUGUACUCAGCAUUACCUCCAUUUUCAGAUACACGCAUUGUUUACUUGCUGUCCAGUCACUUAGAAAAUGGCACGCUGUGUGUGCUAGCAGAUGCCACCUGUUUGCCUUCAGUACGGAACUUCACACAAGCAAAUAUUAAUCAGCAUAAACUAUUCUUCUCCCCUUUUUCAAAUUUUGUUCAGCAGAUUGUCACAAUGGAGAUCACUGUUGAUGGGUUUAAGUCUCAUUUUCCAAAGAUGCUCACUCUUGUGAUAAGCAAGGAAGUUACUGUGGUCGAGGACACCAAAACAUUCUGGGUGCGUGUAGGUAAAGAGAAAAGAAUCCGUCCCUCUCACUUUCCUUUUCUUUCAAAGAAUACAAGGCUUAGAAUAACUCAAGGGACAGAGUAUGGGAUACUGUCCUAUCGAAAUGGAUCCCCCUCAAAUCUAAUUGAAUUCACUCGGAAUGACCUUGCUAAAAAACGAAUCUGGUAUGAACACAACUCGGCCACAUCCUCAUGCUGUGAUUCAUUCAAAUUCGAUAUUAUUUUGAAAAAUCAAACAAAGAGCUUAAAUUUUGUUAUUUUAAUCAGACAAAGUAGGUACGAACUUGCUAUAAGCAUCUCGAACAGACCUUAUCACAUGGUGCAGCAGAAGCGGUUUGCAGUCAGGAAGGAAAGUUUUCAAGUUCAAAGUUCUUUUUGUCCAGAAUUUGUCAUAUUCAAUGUUGUUGCACCACCUCAGUUUGGUGUACUGAGUCUAAUUGAUCUGCAGCGCAGCUUAGUGGUACAGCUGCAUGCUAACGACAAGUUCACCUUGAAAGAUGUUAACGCAGGACUAGUGCACUAUACCCUGCUGGACACUCUGUAUACGAAUAUAUCUGACUUCUUUAUAGUAAAUGCAACUGACCCGGUUUCAUCUUGGCCACCAUCGGGACGCCGAACAUCUCCCCAAGUAGGACGCUUUGAGUUAUUGAUUGAUACAAUGUCUGAAGUUAUUGAAAACCUAGAUCUCAAAAUCAGAACACCACGGUCUGUAACAUGGCUUCCCCAGUAUAACAAGUAUGGGGCAGUUCUCAGUCAGAGUGAUAUUGAUAUUACGAACUCUUCUGUUGAAGCAAAUGAAGUUAAUAUUCAAGUAGAUUUCGAUCUCAAUUUCUAUUACCAGAUAGAAAAAGACGCUGACUCUGUUUCUGGGUUCACUCUAGAGGAUAUUUACUCUGGACGUGUGAUAUUUGCGAAGAUAAUGUUUCAGGAGAACGACUUUGAAGAUACUAUCACAUUUGCUGUAAAUGUGGAGAUUGAUAUUAGAAAUGAGACGUUCACAGCACUUGGUGGAACCCACUCAUUAACGUUUGUAUGGGCUCUUAUCCAACUGGAAACUGAGCUGUUGAUUGUCAGUGAAGAGAAUGAAUUGGUAAACUUCAGAAUAAUACGAACAGGUAGUGACUUAUGGUUUGAGUCCCGAGUGGUCUUUUCAACUCACUCUGGAUCAGCAAUUGGUACCAACUGCUCUGAAUCUGAUGGUUUUGGGUUUGAUUUCUGCCAUGUGAACCAACUGAUAGUCUUCAAACCAAAUGUCACAAUGCAUGAUGUAACUGUGAGGCUGCUUAAUGAUAUGAUAGCAGAAGAGGAUGAGUCUUUUAGUGUGAAACUUUCUAAUCCUGAAAAUGCUGUUUUUGGUCAUGAGAGCUCACAUUUCUUCACCACACAUAUAUCUAUUGAAGACAACUUCGACUAUGCUACUGUAAAAUUUGAGGCUGAGAUUGCUCGGACGCGGUUACCAUGUGAUUUGGAACUGGCAAAUGUGCAAGAAAACGAGAAUGUGUUGGCAAUUAAUCUCACUCGAAGUAGGAACACACAUGACAGUGUAGGAGUCAUCUGCAGAACUGAACCUAUCUCUGCUCUAGAAAAUUUAGACUAUAAAGGAAGAAAUUCAAUUGUUUGGUUUGAAGCUAACCAAACUUCCGCUACCUGCAAUGUAACUAUCAUCGAUGACCAGCUACAUGAAGUGUCGGAGUUCUUUCGAGUGAUUUUGGAAGGUGUGGAAAAUGGGAAGGCUCAACCUGAGGCUGGUCGUUCAAAGCUGUGUGUGUUUAUUAGAGCUGACAUUAAUGAUGAGCCAGCAGUAUCCUUUGAGGAAACUCAGAUGGUCAUACAGGAGGGUUCAUCAGAUCGUGUUUUCAAAAUCCGAAGAACAGGAACAGAUCUUCGUAAUAAUACUGUGCUGCAGUACGAAGUUAAUGGUGGAAAUGCGACGUAUGGUGUGGACUACAUGAUCUUCACUGGAGGUAAUAGCUACAACCCAUAUUGUAAGCGUUCUGGACAAUUAGGUGUAGGCUGUGUCGAGUUUGGAGAUGGAUCACCUUUAGAAACUGUAACCUUCAAAGUACUUAACGAUUCUGUUUACGAAGGAAAUGAAACAUUUCAUGUGAAUAUUAUCCAGUUUCCACAUAUGGCCCAUGUGAGCUACCCAAACAGGCUCACAAUUAUUAUUUUGGAUUCAUCCAAACCGCCCAUUGUUGGUUUAGAGUUUCCGAAUCAUUUUGAAAAUGAGUCAUCACAUUGGUCAAAUGUGUCUGUUGUGCGAUCUGGUAACCUUCAAGACACCCUUUUAUUGACAUGCUCAUACAAAGGAAUAACAGCGUCCAUUAGUAGUAACUACAUGUACCCUCAUGGUGAUGUUAAUGUAGCAAGUGGACCAGAGGAGAUCACAUUUCAACGAGGACAAUAUAGAUCUGCCUGUCCUUUCCGAGUAAAUGAUGACACUGAAUUUGAAGGAGAGGAACGUUUUAAAGUAUACUUGAAGACUAGCGACAACAGGAUAAUUAUACCUGCCAACAUGUCCUCUACCAUUGUGCAUAUCAAUGACCCAGAAGAUGUUCCAACUGUCCAGUUUGAUACAGCCAGUGCUUCAACAGUUGAGCCCCUCUCAAACUACUUUAUUGACUCAGAAUCAGUGAGCGUAACAAUUGUUCGCACUGGAGAUUCUAACCCAAUUGUUGCUAUUGAGUACUUUUUGAUCAAGGAUCAACUAGAUUGUGGUGACCUCACCAAUGAAACAGUCGAUGGAAUAGAGACAUUUUUGAUGGGAGUAACUGAGAAACAAAUUUCAAUUCCACUGAAAGCGAAUCGUAGCUCAAGUGAUGAUACAGUCCUAAUUGUGUUAUUGUGUGAGAUAGCUGGCCCUACAAUUGCAAAAAUUGGAAAAAGUAGAUCCCUUACUAUUCGGAUAAAGAAUAGGAAAGUGGCUGAACCUUUACUACCAGGCGUUCCUGUGAUUAUCAACAGAGGAUCUACCUCAAGAAAUGGGAUUUCUCAUAAAUCUCCACUCCACUGUGUUAUGCCCUGCUCUCCAAACUACACCGGAAUGGAGAUUUGGAAUACACAAUACAAGGCCGAUUGUAAAAACAUUGACAUGGCUCGAUCGAUCUUUGUGUGGGAGUACUCCCUAGACAAACAUGACUUUCAUGUAUUCACUGCUAACACAACACUGACGAGUGUGAAUUCUGAAUUCCUAAAUCCAAUAUAUCUUCAACCUGGAAUGUUUGUGAGGUGCUUGUGUGUUCCAGUAGGCAAAGAUUAUAGUCGAGGACACCCUCGCGCUAGUAAUUUGAUUAGGCUGAAUGCAAGCAUUUGCGUAGGAAAUGUCCCACUUAAAGAGCAGAGAGUGGAAAUGAGGCUAAACAGUUAUAGUUCUUUUGCUGCUAAAAAUGAGGAUCUUGUUGAGAUAUCAAUUUCACUCCCUCACGUAUCAAAUAGCCUGCCAUUAAUACUGACACAGAAUUUGCAAGAAGUGGAUAUAAAUGCGUUUCUUCUAGAAACAUCGUAUACCACGAAGCAAGUAUGUUCUAGCAUAGGCAAUUUUGAGACAUCACUAUCUACUAAUGGUGGUAUGUCCUGGUAUUCAAGCCUUGACUAUGAUAGUUGUAACUGGACUUUUAAUACAUGGCUUCCUCUGGAACAUCUACUGCAAUGCAAAGCAAAUUUAACAGUUUCUAACUUUCAGAUGACAAUUGAUAUCCAUGUUGUCUAUUUUUAUGUGGAUAUAAACCAAACAAUUCAACAGACUACUGUACACAGCUUGAAAUCAGAAUUGAUGUACUCAUCAGUAAGCCUGUGCUUGCCAGCACCUAUCUACUAUCAUCCCAAAACCUACAACGUGAAUAUGGAAAAGUCUUAUGUUUAUCCCAUCGCUGUCAAUUAUUUGACUAAUGAAAUCUAUUUUUAUUCGGUGGCAGAUUAUGGGUCUACUAUUUUUGGCUCCUUUUCCCAAAACCUUACCCUAUUGCACAAUUCAACUCAGAGAAAACGUGCAUGGAAGCUAUGGUCCAAUGAGUCUGUGCUUAGUGUAAUGUUUCAAGAGUGUGCAGCUAACUGUACCACCGUUUCAGCACCUGGUCCACACAAACUGACAUUGAAGUUUCACGAAAACACAUGUUUUCCAGUGCUGAGGUAUAACUUAAUUGUACAUUUGAAGGGCAAUUCUUCCUCAUCACGAUCAGUAUUUGAAAUUGGCGAUGUACUAGCUUUGAGUAUGAAGUUAGCAGACGACCAACGACUUCAACUGGGAUAUUCCAUUGUACCAACUAGCAUUUCAUUCCUGAUGACAGGAAAUUUAACAUCUAAGCUGGAAAUUUGGAAAAUGGAUCAUGAUGGAAGAGCUACCAGUUUUCCUUCAGCUCGCCUACAGUUUUCCAGCACUCAGAAUGUGGAUGAAAUCCAAUUUGAAAUGGCUACUGACUUCAUUCAGUUGGAAUUGUCUCCCAGUAAUUCAAUUCUGACAAUUGAGUGGGCACUCACUGAUAAAAAUGGAACAUAUCGAAUGAUGCAAAGAGCAAAUGUAAUGCUGACAUUCUCCAGCCAACUUUAUACAACAACAGCUACUGCACAAUAUAGCGAAUUAAACAACAACAGUUUGAUAGCUGCCAUUAUCAUAUUUGUUAUUACGUUCAUAAUAGCCACCAUAACAAUUGGAAUUGUUGUCAUAGCAAUUUGGAUGUGGAAAGUACGAGCUGGGUGGAGGAAAAAAGUCCAGGACGCAUUAGCAGCUACAUCUCAAAGGAAACAAUUGCCUGAUGCCAAAAGAAUGUGUGGAACAACAACAGGCCGAACCGAAGUAAGGAACAGCAAGGUGAAGCGAGACGUUUCAUCCCUUCGUAGAACACACAGUACUACUGGUUUCCCAGCUACAGCUGAACACUAUAUAAGAGAGAAAUGCUAUUCAAGACCGAAUCAAGCUGUUGCAUCAUCAAUUCCUAAAUCUAGAAGCAUGCCAGGUCUCUUUGAAUCUCAAAGCUUUACUCUACCAUUAGAAGAAUUUUUGCUUGAACCAAGGCGCAAUCUUAAUAAAGUCCAUACCCGAGUAAAAAUGCUAAACUCUCAUCCUACCAAAAUACAGAGUAGAUCUAGCUCUAGUGCUGAUCAAAAACGGCUGCUUAAAGCAUAUAAAGUGGAUAAUCUGGGCACUACAAGUAGGCAAGAAAUGACACCCAAGCAGAAUAAUUGCAUUGUCAUUGAAGAAAAAUUGAAUACUGAGACACAAAGCCAGAGAAACGAACUUGCCUCCUUCGCAGUGCGGAGCAUAGCAGCUAGUGCUAAAACCCCAGAACCUGGAUCCUCACCAAGAACAGCACUCUGAUACUCACCAUAAAGUUCACACAAACUAUGACAGACAUUAUUAUUAUUUUAACACUCACUCAGCAUCAUGCCCUUAAUUUUCAUAUUAUUUAUGUGAUCACAAAUAAAUGCUGUUAACAUGUAAAA